GCCCCUUUCUCCCUCGCUCACUGGGAACUCUAUGGUGUGGGAGGGGGGCGCUCUGGCCUUUCGUGUCUGUGAUACGGAGGCCCCGGGACAGGGCGUCAUGGCAGCGGGCUGCGCCGCCUGUCCUUCAGCUUUUGCAGUUUUGGGGUGAAAACUGAACUGUCUGCUGUCCACACGACUGAUGGAAGAGCACAGUUCUGUAGUCCAGGUUCCACACACUCCAAGAGCCAUCUGCCUUUAUUUAUGCUGAUAGUUUGUACCACUCAGACGGAGCUGUAGUCACAACUCAAGAUGCCACUCUUCUUCCGUAAGAAGAAACCCAGUGAAGAUGCUCGGAAGCGCCUUGAAUACCAAAUGUGCCUGGCAAAAGAGGCUGGUGCCGAUGACGUUCUUGACAUAUCCAAAUGUGAACUGUUAGAGGUUCCAUAUGGGGCCUUUGCAACUUGUAAAGUCUUGCAGAAAAAGGUGCUGAUUAUUCAUACAAAUAAUCUUACAUCUUUAGUUCCCAAGUCCUGUAGCCUCCUGAGUCUCAUAACUGUGAAGGUUCUAGAUCUGCACGACAACCAGCUGGCAUCACUUCCUACUGAUAUUGGUCAGCUGACAUCUCUUCAGGUCCUAAAUCUUGAAAGGAAUCUCUUAAAAUGUCUUCCACAAUCUAUAGGGGAUCUUGCCCAGCUCCAGGUCCUCAAUGUGAAAGGCAAUAAGCUGAGGGAGCUGCCUGCCACAGUGAGUGGUCUGAGGAGCCUGCGCACUCUGAAUGUCAGCGAGAACCUCCUGCAGGAGCUGCCGAGGGUGCUGGCUCACAUCCGCACGCUGGAGACACUGACCCUGGAUGCUUCUUCCAUGACCUACCCAUCACCUGAUAUUUGCAGUGCAGGUACAGAAUCCAUUCAGCAGUUCCUCUGCAAAGAGUGUGGAAUUGCAUACUAUCCACCUUCAGAGUACGUGCUCCCUGCACUGGAGAGUGAUGGAGAAACGUCAGUGGAUGGGGUGGACAGGACAGUGCACAAAUACUUGGAGGAGGAGAGCAAGUGGCAGAAUAAAUUCUCAGACUACGAGAAGAGGAAGGAAAAAAAAAAGCAGGAGAAACUUGAAUUUGAGCGGCGCUUGAACAUGGGGCAAAGAGAACAUGCACUGCUUGUGCAGCAGAUCAACAAUCAGAAGGAUGAGAUACUGCAGACAGUAAGAGAGGAUCAGAUGAGGUUGGAGGAGGGCCUGACAAAGCACCAGCGCCAUUUGGAGGAGGAGCGCCUGAAACUGCUGCAGCAGCUGAAGCAAGCAGAGCAAGGCAUUGCCAGCCGUAUCCAGAAGCUGAUAGAGGACAAUCAGAGGCAAAAACAAAGUUCAGACAUUCUGAAAUCCUUGGAGAAUGAGAGAAUAAGGAUGGAACAGCUGAUGGCAAUCACACAGGAGGAGACAGAGCAUCUGCGCAGGAGGGAAGUGGCCUCUGCCAUGCAACAAAUGCUGGCUGAGAGCUACAAGAACAAGCUCAUCCAAAUGACCUAUGAAUCUCGGCGGCAAGACCUUGUCAGCCAGGCCUGCUCCAGCCUGGCUGAGAUGGAUCAGAAGUUCCAGCAAAUCCUGGCUUGGCAACAGAUGGAUCAGAACAAAGCUGUUGGUCAGAUCUUGCAGCAGAGUGAGAUGCAGAAAGCUGCCUUUGAAGCUCUCCAAGUGAAGAAGGAUCUUAUGCACAGACAGAUCAGGAACCAGAUUAAAUUAAUAGAAACAGAGUUAUUGCAGCUGACACAGCUGGAGUUAAAGAGGCAAGAACUGGACACAGAGACGCUGCAGGGGGUGAUCAUGGAGCAACGCCAAGCACUUGGUUACCUGCUGCAGCAGCUGCUCAAAGAAAAGAAGCAAAGGGAAGAAGAAUUGCAACAAAUACUGUUGGAAAUGGAAGCAAAGAGUGAAACCAAACAGGAGAACUACUGGCUGAUCCAGUACCAGCGCCUGCUGAACCAGAAGCCGCUCUCCCUGAAACUCCAGGAGGAGGGCUUGGAGAAGCAGCUGGUGAACCUUUUAAUCGAGCUGUCAGCUGAACAGUAUGUGCCUGUCUUUGCACACCAUCGAAUUUCCUUGGAAGUGCUCAGCACCAUGACUGCCAGUGACCUGGAAAAGAUGGGCAUUGCAGAGACUGGCCUGCAGCGUGCCAUCCUCAAACGGGCGCAGGAGAUCCUGGCUGUGGCAAAGACAAUCCCAGAGCUGCUGAGGACGGUGGACGCCGAGGUCCCUGCAGCCACACAACCCAGUGCCCCUGAGGAGGAGGCCCCGAGUUCUGUGGUCCCCACUGCUCCCCUGCUGCAGUGGGAUGAGAAGAAGUCAGAGUGCGUUGUCUGCAUGGAGCAGGAGGCCCAGAUGAUUUUCCUGCCUUGUGGCCAUGUGUGCUGCUGCCAGACCUGCUGCAAACAGCUACAGAGCUGUCCUCUGUGCCGCGGGGACAUCACACAGCGCGUCCGCAUCUUCUACAGCAGCUAGGCAGGCUGGAGGGAGGCAUGGCUGCCCAGCACUGCCCUCAUCACUCCGUCCCAGGGCAGGGCUCCUCUAUCAGUAUUAAAUAUGCUCUCACAGCAUGACCAGCGCUGCCCUCUCCCUGCACACGGCUCUGGCUGGCUGCAGGCUGCACCCAGGGCUCUCAGCAGCCCUCCACCUUCCUGGUGGCUUUCCAGCCUUUGGCUUGGGUUCUUCAUCUGCAUCCACCACCCAGCUUGUUUGCCCAGCCUGGGAGCACUGGGUGAUGGCGUUGGGUAUACUGGUGCUCCUUCUCUCUGGCUGUAUAUUUGCCAUUGGAAUUGCCUGUUGCUCAGCAGGGUCGCAGUUAGAGCCAUUGCUUCUGAAGCCACUGGACCCUGCAGCUGCUGUAUCAUGGCCAUGGCAUUUGCCAUUCUUCUGCUGUGGUGAAUUCUCCACCAGGAGAGGCACCCUGCCUUGUUAACGCUCUGGGAGGCUGAGAGUGCUUUGCUCGUGUGUUGUUGCCAUAGGCAAGACUUGUGCUCUUGCAAUCAGUGGCAGCAUGGCUGGGGGCUGCAGCAGGAGGCAGGGCAGAGCGAGGUGCUUCCCAUCCCUCACUGUCAAUCCCACUGAAGAGCAGCAUCUGCAGCAGCCUCACAACCAGCGCUCGAGGGACAGCUCUGACUAGAAGACAUUCCUCGUUGAGACGUGCUGUGUGGGGGAAAUGUUCCUGCCACAGAGUUCCAGCUCUUCCUUGUGUACGUGUGUUGGCAUCUGUGUUGUUCCCCAUUGUCAUUAAUAAGUAACGAUCCCGGUGGGGCUUUUAGUCUCUUGACCUCAAGUGUAAAACACAGAGAUAAGUCUGGUCCUGCUGCAGCCCUUUCCCCCAGGAGAAACUAUUAAAUACAGCUGGUUUCGGCUGGUUGUUCGA